CUGAAAACUGGAAAAGUGGACAGGACACAAUCAGCAUUAGCAGCCCAACCGAGAUAAGAACCAGAAGGACUUUCUGAACCUUUGGAAAAAUCCUCAGGUCCUCCCAUCAGAAGUAAACUGCGCACAGCCAUGAGGGUUUUCAACUUGAUCUACUUGUUCCUGCUGCUCACAGCUAUUGUAACUCCGGUGUCCUCGGCCAGGCCAGAUUUUUUGAAUCUGAGGAGAAAAUAUCACAGACACCACUGCCUACACAGAAGAUGCAUGCCCCUCCACACAAGAGUUCCCUUCCCUUAAGACGCAAUGAUGUGGGUCUCACAAGGAGAAAAAUAUGAACUCCAGUGGAUGGAUCCCAGUAUCAAGACACAUAUGGACAAUGAAGUGGAAACUAAAAUCUGGGACUCCAUGAAACCACCUGUUUCAGCUCACAUUCAGCCACAAGCUAGAUGUUUGAAAUCAACUCAGGCUGAUGUUGUGGUUACACAACUUUUCAUUCGUUAAAACAAACCAAAGAAAAUUCAAACCAUGACAUGUUAGGACAGCCUGGUGGCCAAAGGAUGUGGACAUAGACCUGGAAGAUCUGUCUUAUGUUCUUCUUAUUGUGGGAGAUGAAGAGCGGCGGAGAGGAGACGAUGCAAAAGGCAAAAUCCCUGGAAAUCUUGUAAUAGUAUUCUUUUAAAAGUGUUGAUAAUGUAUGUAUGCACUUCAAAUGUUUACGAUUUUUUUAUUUUAUUUUUUUUUUUUAAAUAAAAAUAUACAAAUGUAAUUGUACUUUGCAAGAUUGUGUUUGUGUGCGUGAUAAAGUAUUAGCUGAACUGAUAAUACAGCAACUUCUAGGUUUAUAACUACAGGUUAAAAUAACAUUUAAAUGUAGGAUAUGCAGAGCCUUCUAUUUAGCUCAAAGUGCAGCCUAAAGGCCCAAGAUUAAACAAGGAUU